AUGGCAACAGUGGCUUCUACAUCGGUAAUGAAUGAUCAAGACACCGAAAAAGCGCCCAGGGCGGACCAUAGCCCUUCUCGAUUUACUGCAGUGAACGGAAAAGAGCCCUCGGUUACUGCGGGAUCUGUGCCCACACCGGCUGUAACCGAUUGCGCCGUUGAAUCCUCCGAUGUCAUCGUACGAAAUGGUUUAGAUGCGCAAUCUCGCCUCGACGAACAAAUACAGGGGAAUGGGAACGCUGAGAGUGGCAACAGUGCUAAUGAACCAGAAGAGCCUCAUUCUCAGCGGUCACCUUCCCUGAGUGGCUCGUCGGGCCCCAGCAAAAGCAAACGGAAAAGGUCGGAAUCUGGGGAACAAGAAGAAAGCCAUGGUAUGCUUCGCAGGGCUCCGAAAAGCCCGGUUAUACGUUCGGAUGAUACGAGCCAACCCCCCACUCAGACAUCUACGUCGAACGACACCGGCAUGUCCCAUGGUGAAAGCGAAACCAAGCACCCAUCCCCUUCUACUCAGCCUCGAUUAGAGGAACAUGGGGGUGAUACUCGGACGCCACCCGCAAAUACAACAUGGCAUGAUUAUGAUUCCCAGCUGGUACAUCAAGCCCAGCGUGCACAACAGUUUGACGCAUCCGAUGCUCAAUUGGCUGAGGCACUUCAGCGCGAGGCCAAUGGCCAUGAUACGUCUCAAAAGAAUUGGGGGGUUACAAGCGGUCGUCCAACGGAAGGGCCAGCACAGAGUGAGCAGCCAUCCUCACUAUCUGUACUUCCUCAGGAGCGGCCCCAGACAGCCGUACAAGUUGCACCCAAGAGAAAACGCGUGUUUAGUAACCGAACCAAAACAGGCUGCAUGACUUGUCGGAGGAGGAAAAAGAAGUGCGAUGAACAACAUCCUGCCUGCAACAACUGUAUCAGGGGGGGCUUUUUGUGUGAGGGCUAUUCUUCCCGAAGCACCUGGCAAAAGCCGUCGAAUUCGAAAACUCCAGUUCCUCUGCAAUCCAAGGAAGGCUAUUUGGAUGUCAAUUCUCAGUAUGUCCACGAUAUAAGUCAGCAUGACCGGCAACAAACCUUGCCGGAACAACUUGAUCCAGGGAAAAUCAGGCCUAUUGUUGUAGACGAAAGCGACCGGGCAACUGCCUCGUUCAAUACUAGUCCCACAGGAACUAAUUCCGGUCGCGGUCCAUGGACGAAACGCAGCUGGGGAAGCACAGGCCACCCUUCCUAUAUCUCCGAUCAUGUGGCAAAGCCUGAUUACCGCGAGGUCCCCUCGAUUCAUGAGUUAUCCCGGGAAGGCCCUGCUAAGUCUGAUUUCCCAAUCGUUCCUCCUAUCAGAGAGCUUUCUCAUGGAGGUCAUUCCAAACCCGGGGCAGUCCCGCUCUUCCAAGGAGGGAUAGAUCAACGAUCAGCACAUUCAGGGAACGUGGACACUAAUAGCCCCCAGGCUCAGGCGCGGAUGGCACUAAGCAUCGAACAUCAGUUAUCUACUCGUACAUUAUCGACCGAGGACACCGAAAAAGAUAAGAUGAUACGUGGUGACCUCUACCGACCUUAUGAUGUUCACCUCGUGGAAGAAAGGGAUCGCUGCAAGGCCGCCUUAUGGCGGUUCAAUAACGCCUGUAACCCUAUUUCGGGGUUAAGCACUAAGGAGCAAAGUCGGUUGCUGAAGGAAGUGCUUGUUCCUCCAGGCUCAGCUAUCAACUCACCUCCUGGUCUGACUUCAUCUCGUUCGACAGGGUCGUUAGGGCAAGGUGCUAUAGUUGAAGCACCUUUCUACUGUCACUAUGGGUACAACGUGCAUAUCGGUGAAGAUGUCAUGGUCUCAGAAAACUGCUUGUUUGUUGAUGACUGUCCUGUAACCAUUGGUGCCCAUACCUGGAUAGGUCCCCGGGUUACCAUACUUACAUCAAUGGCCCAUGCUAAUAUGCAAGAACGCAAAGGCUCACAAAGUCGAUAUCAGGGGCGCCCUGUUACAAUCGAGGAAGAUUGCUACGUUGGGGCUGGCUGUACGAUCUAUCCUGGUGUUCGACUACGACGCGGGGCGUAUGUCGCUCCUGGAGAGGUAGUAAAGUCAGACAUCGUAGCCUAUGGUUUUCAGGGACUAAAGCCAAGCUAUAUGUGA